AUGCAAACCCCCAAAAUCAGCCCUGUGCGGUCCUGGUCUUGGGAAAUUAUAUCACUUCUAUUUGCCCUCGCACUCCUCGUCGCCAUCAUCGCAGUUCCAGCACAUUAUAAUGACAAAGUUCUAAAACGAUGGCCGUACGAUAUCAGUCUCAACACCACAAUCGCCAUUCUGAGCACCUUUAUGCGGGCGUCUAUGAUGCUCGUUGUCGCUGAAUUGAUCGGGCAGAUGGGAUGGUACUCUCUACGAAAACCGCGUCCUGUUUCAGACCUUCACCACUUCGACAAUGCGAGUCGAGGCAUCCUUGGAGCUAUAAAGCUGUUCUGGAAUGUCCCUCCACGUCUCGCAAGCAUCAUCGCCGCAAUCAUCAUCAUCCUUUCACCCGCUAUUGCACCAUUUUCUCAGCAAGCUGUCAGGACUGUCCCUUGCUCACGCGAAGUCUCAGGUUCAGCUUCCUUGCCAAUCUCACACUACGUCCCAGCUCCAGAGUCAUCAUAUCGAGUCUCUUCCGCUCAACGCGAGAUUUCAAACGAUAUGAAGGCUACCAUGAUUAAUGGUCUUGUCAAUCCCAACGGAAAAGACAUAAAUAUCGAAGCUACAUGCGCCAGUGGAAACUGCACCUUUGCAGAAAACUCACAAGGCGUGACCCAUACCUCUGUUGCAAUGUGUAGUUCAUGUCUUGACACUACCGAGUUCAUCAAGUUGAAUAUCACCAACGAGGAAACAGGCUAUCCAAUCGUCAACUAUACUUUGCCAAACGGGCUAUAUUUUAUUCCGAUAAGAGGCCGGCUGUUGGAUACUGCAACUGGAGACGUUGAUUGGGCUCUUGGUGGAGUUGAUUCUGAUUUUGCAGAAAUGACAAAAAGAUCAAUCACGAACUUGACCAUCUUGACCUCGUCACAGAGUGCCUGCACAAACAUAUCCAGAAAUGAAGCGGAUUGUCCCGAGGAUAGAUUCACCAACGACCUACCGGAACCUAAGCACUACAGGGCGCAGAAUGCAGUAGCCAUGACCUGCGCGCUCUACCCUUGUCUAAAACAUUACCACGCCCAGGUCAAGGUAGGAAAGCUCGAGGAGAAAGUUGUCAAUAAAGAGCCGUUGACGCCUAUUGAGAUCAAUUUGAACGACGAAGGAGGGGGAGCGGCCAAGAAUAUCAACCGAGUUACCGUCCAGUCGCCUUGUUUGGUUGAUGGCGAGGAAUACAACUUUGACAAUUUCUCUCGCAUGGCCGAAUCCACAGAGGGCGCCUCAACAGUGGAGAUUGACGGCAAAAAUUAUACCGCUCCGAACCAGUGCAUAUACGAAUUUGGGUUUGGAUACUCAAUGGGCUUUGGGGCCUUCAUGAGAGAUACACUCUUUAAUAGAGCCUGCAAUGCAAGUUAUAUGGUAGGAUCACCUGCAGAUUGCGGCAGCAGAUGGUGGCUUACCCCUCUAUACAACUCAUCCUACGAAACCCUGGAUACUGCAAUGGAUGAGUUCACCACGGCUAUUACGAACAACUUCCGCAGGCAAGCAAGAAGAGGUUUUAAUACCUCAGGGACAGAUAGAGUCACGGGAACAGUAAACGAAACCACCAUCUGUACCGUCUUUGACUGGCGCUGGAUUUUACUACCAGCUGGCUUGAUGGCAAUCACAAUGGCGUUAUUGAUCCACGUUGUUGUUCAAAGCUACACCAACACAACAUUGCCUAUCUGGAAGACAUCCGUUCUGCCGCUGUUGUUCUACGGGCCCAAUGUCUUGAACGACCAGACUCGUGAAACUGACGUGGAUGAGCUCCAGAGACAUGCAGGGAAAAUAAAGGUGGAAUUCAAGGAUGAUGAUGGCAUUAGGUUGCGGAGAAUUGAUACCACAGCAACGGAGAGUUGA